ACCACUUGUGGCUUUUAUCACAGCGUAAGCAUGUGUUCAAAAAGGGGGAAAAUAAAAAGCACUCACACGAGUGAACUGUUGACCCCAACAGAGAAGAGAUCGAGCCUGUUGGGACCCCACGCAGCGGUGAUAGGGGAAGAGGUGAGCUGUCCACCAAGGGACUCCCAGUUAUUCCACGAGUGGCCGUCCAACCAACGGUGUCACAUGGCGCUAUCGAGCCCGAUGACAAAGAGGUCGAGACGGUUGGGUCCCCAGGCGACGACAGAGGGAGCAUAGGGGGCAAAAGUUCCACCAAGGGACUCCAAACGGCCAGGGACCGUGAGACGGGGAGAGAGAUUGCCGGGGUGGGCAGAAACGAAGGAGAGGCUUGCGCCCAGGAGGAGAGCGGUGGCGGAGACCAUCUUCGGGAAGCUUGAGGCUGGAACUGUAGCUUACUCGAGCCGGUGUGGAUGGAAGGAAAGCCCCUUGGAUGAGCUGUCGGAGGGGAUUUCAUAGAUGGCAAAACAUCGCGAGACUCGCCCUGACGGUGGUUUUGGUGAAUGUUGUCGUCUCAAUGCGGACGCAAUGUUCAAGACCCUGCAGCAAGGUGCAAGCUGAACUGAGUAUUUGAGGAACGUUGAUUAGCCCUGCAUGGCGGUGAAAUCCCCGAAUUCUUAAAGUUGGGGUCUUUCAUGACGAAGUUGUGCUGGCAUGCUGACCCUAUAUUGUCUCUGUCGAACAAAUUGGCCUUGGGGGAAAUUCACUCAUAGAGCGGCGGUCGAAUACAAUCAUCACACAAGCCUUGGGAAAGCGAGACAGAGCUCUGUCAGCCACACAUACCUUACCCAUUCAUAUAUUGGAAGCACAAUCUUGAGUCACCUGCCUAUGGUUAUGAAAUUGCUACUUGCCAUACUCAUGACUCGUGUCGACACCAUGAUGCGGCGAUUCAUCGGGUGCUACAAUAGCACGAGUAUUCCAGCAGGAUGAUCAGUAUAACAAGAUGGAGUCAUGAUUAUUCAAUCAUGUAAAGGUUGGUGGAGCUGGGCGGAGUUGACAAUGGCUGCGGACAAAGAGGAGAAAAAGACUGCAGCGCGACAUUCAGGGGUGAUCCUGGCAUCCCCAGGUCACACACCUUUGGCUGUUUCUAGCACCAUCACCAACCGAGGCAGCAUUGGAUCGCUGAUCAAGCCACUAAACCGUUGCAAUCUUACAACCCCGCAGAUCUUGUCUCAGAGCAGGAAGACGCGCCAAGUGUCGCCAAGAAACCUUUUCCAGUUGAAGAUGGCCCAACAAACUUCGUCUUGUUAUGAGCGUCAUCAUCCAGCCAAACCGAACACGACAUGCGAGUUCAUCAGGGACAAUGCAGCUUGCUAAAAUUUUGGGGCAGUACCAAGCCCCUGGGAAGCGCACAUGUCACGAUGUUGCAUGUGCUUUCUUGCGGACACAAAAUCUUCGGCAACCCCUCAGACGGGAGACUGCAGACAGCAGCAUCCUCUCCUCGGCUUCCCCCUCUCACCACCCUCCCCGCUCUGACAUGUUUCUCCAACGUGUCCUGGCCCUCGGGGCUGCAUGUGCAAGCCUCAGCCUCGUUCGCGCCGUUGACCUCACGGGCUACGAGUACGUAGUAGUUGGUUCCGGCGCAGGAGGUGGCCCUCUAGCUGCGCGUCUUGCCCUUGCCGGUCACAAAACACUCUUGAUCGAGGCCGGCGACGAUCAGGGACAGAGCAUCAACUACACCGUACCAGCAUACCAUGCCCGAGUAUCCGAAGACCCCAAGCUUGCUUGGAACUUCUUCGUCCGUCACUAUGCCGACGACGAACGCCAGGCAAGAGACUGGAAGACCAGCUACGACACACCAGAUGGCACCAUCUACUCUGGCCUCAACCCUCCUAAAGGGUCCAAGAUGAAGGGUGUUCUCUACCCCAGGACCGGAUCACUUGGCGGGUGCACUUCGCACAAUGCCAUGGUGGCCGUGUAUCCUCACGAGUCAGAUUUUAACUACAUCAGCACCCUUACGGGGGAUAGCUCAUGGCGGCCCGACAAUAUGCGCAAGUACUUUGCCCGGAUGGAGAGGAAGCAGUAUAUCAACGGUCUUUACAAGGGACAUGGAAGAGAUGGUUGGUUCACCACCGAGGUUGCCCCCCUGACCAUUCCCCUCAAAGAUCCUCAACUGCUGGCCACCCUGACCGGCGGUGCUUCUGCCCUCGGAAGCCUCAGCAACCAGAUCUUGAACGUCGGCACUCUUCUCGCAGGCGACCUCAAUGCGGACAGCAGUCUCCGUGAUAAACAGCCUGCCUACUACCAGAUCCCCAUCAGCACCGACAAGGGAACCCGUCUCGGAACCCGCGAGUUUGUCGUCUCCGUCCGGGACGCCAAGAACCCUGACGGCAGCAAGAAAUACCCUCUCGAUGUACGCCUCAACUGCCAUGUCACCAAGGUCAUCUUCGACAAGAAGUCUUCCCCUCCCAGGGCCAUUGGUGUGGAGUUCCUCGACGGCGCCUACCUCUACCGUGCCAGCCCUCUGUCCACUGGAGCCAAGGGAACCCCCGGGUCUGCCCGCGCCUCGAGAGAGGUCAUUCUCGCCGGCGGCACCUACAACUCGCCCCAGCUUCUCAAGCUCUCUGGCAUUGGCCCCAAGGACGAGCUCAAAUCUUUCAACAUCCCCGUCCUCGUCAAUCUUCCUGGUGUCGGCACCAACCUCCAGGACCACUACGAGACGGCGGUGACAGCCCGCGCUCCCCGUUCCUACAACGCCCUCAAGGACUGCACCUUCCUCUUCAACACCACCAACGACCCCUGCCUCGACAAAUGGCAGCGUCCUAUCCUCGGUGACCGCGGCACCUACGCCUCCAACGGCUUCGCGGCCGCCAUGCUCUCCAAGUCCACCACCACCCCGGACGGCUCCUUCGACACGUUUGUCUUUGGCGGCCCGGUCAACUUCCACGGAUACUACCCGGGCUACAGCUACGCCGCCGUUGCCGAGUCCGACCUCUGGACCUGGGCCGUCCUCAAGGCUCACCCCCGCAACACGGCCGGUUUUGUGCGCCUUCGGUCCGCCGACCCGUUGGACGUGCCCGAGAUUAACUACAACUACUUCGACACCGGCAGUGGAGACUGGAGGGCGGAUAUUCAGACUAUUGUUGAGGGUAUUGAGCUCGCGCGGGAGGCGCUGCGCAAGCAGCCUGUCCGGACGAACGAGAUUCUCCCUGGUGCGGGGACGAAUACGAGAGAGGAGCUGGAAGCUUACAUCAAGGAUACCAGCUGGGGUCAUCACGCCAGCUCGACCUGCCCUAUUGGUCCAGACGGUGACCCGAUGGCCGUGCUGGACAGCAAGUUCCGGGUCAGAGGCGUGAAGGGGUUGAGGGUGGUCGAUGCUAGUGUGUAUCCCAGGAUUCCGGGAACAUUCACUGCUGUGUCGACCAUGAUGGUGGCCGAAAAGGCUGCGGAUGACAUUCUGGCCGAGGCCAACUGA